CAUUGUGCUGAUCCUGAUCCCCUGCAGGAUUUCUGCGUCGCAAUUCUGAACUCUACAUCAACGUCUCUUAACGGCUUUCCUUGCAAGCCUGCCUCAGAAGUUACUUCGGAGGACUUCUUCUUUGAUGGCUUCACCAAAGAGGGAAACACGGACAAUGCACUCGGCUUCAGCCCAACCUUUGGAAACGUUCUUUCUUUCCCAGGGUUGAACACGCUAGGUAUUGCAAUGAAUCGGGUUGACUACGCCCCAGGAGGGCUGAAUCCACCCCAUUCACACCCUCGUGCAACUGAGUCCGGAGUAGUCAUUAAAGGGAAACUCUUCGUUGGAUUCCUGACGACGAACAAUGUGUUAUAUUCCAAAGUUUUGACUGUAGGGCAGAUGUUCGUGGUACCCCGAGGACUCGUGCAUUUCCAAAUGAAUGUUGGGAAGGAGAAGGCAAUGACAAUCACAGCUUUUAACAGUCAUUUGCCAGGGGCAGUAAUCCUUGCAAAUACACUAUUUGGUUCCAACCCUCCAAUUCCUGAUGAUGUGUUGACUAAAGCAUUCCAAGUUGAAGCAAGUGUUAUUGAUGGCAUCAAGGCCAAAUUUGGUGCUUAAAAACUAUAAGAAAAAUAGAAUGGAAAAUAAAAGCCUAAAACAUUAAAUUUGUGUUCUCAGAUUUAUCUGUGUAUUUGUCUAAAUUCAUCUGGUACAUAUAUUAUCCAGGUAUGUAUUAUGUAAUCAUCAAUAAUGCACAUGUACAAGUGCAACAAGAAUUCUUAAUUCUUCA